AUGGCGUUUCAUGCCUCAGGGAGUGAGUUCAACCUGAAAUAUAAUGAAGAGGAUGUAGAACACCCUAUGCUUUCAAGGCUGAAUAGUACAAGAGAAAGGGGAAGACUGAGUGUUGUAACACCAACAGAAAAUGAAGCUGAUAAGCAAACCCUGACAUUUAGGCACAUUACAAAAGCUCAGGAGAGGACCAGGAAACGACAGCAACCUGUGAAACUAGAGCCUUUGCCAGUGCUUAAAGUCUACCAAGAUCAUAAAAGACCAGAAUACAUAUAUGAAAGGAAUCGAUCUCAGUUAAUAGCUGCUGGAAUCAUAAAACCUCCAGACAGCACUGAAGUAAAACAGUCCACAAAAUUAACUGUUCAGUUUCCUGAGUACCAAGAUGCUGUGAAAAGAAUUAAACAGAUCCACAGGCCCUCUGUUGAUGUAUUCUCUCCCUCUCCGACUAAAUCAUCACACACCAGUAUUGGAAGAAGAGGUCUCUUCUCAACCAGUUCCUCAAUUUACCCUAAGUACACUUUCCAAGACCGGGAAGAAGUCAUCAAAGCCAAUGUUCGUGAUCCCUUAGAGAUCAUUAAAAUAGUACGUGAAAAUGAACAUCUUGGAUUUCUUUAUAUGAUCUCUGCUGUGCCAAAGUCUUCCAUUGAAUAUGAUACAUACAAUCUGAAAGUUGUAAGUUAUGAGAACAUCAAUAAAAGUGACUACUACACUAUUAGCAAGAAGGCAGUAACACAUAUUUGUAAAGAUGAUAUUGAAUUUAUUGAAAUGGAAAGAUGGGAACAGGAAUAUCUAUAUCACAGAGAACUCACUAAGAUUCCCAUAUUUUCACUUUUCCGAAAAUGGAAGGCUUUUAAUGUGUGGAAGAAGAAUGUCCGCUCCAAGAAAAUCAGUGGAUCUCGAAAAUCUUUACAAAAAAAUUUGUUCAUCGUUAAUCAACAUUUGCGACCAGCUCUCCUUAAAGUAAAUGAAAUGUGUUAUCAAUUGAGUUUUAUGGCACUUUGUAAUAUUGAAAAAGGUCAUACCUACACCUUGCAAGAAUUUAAGUUGGGCCAACUUGUGCGGCUAGCAGAGGUGACAGAGCGCUUAGAAGAAUUUCGAGAUGAGGCUAAAGAGGUGGUCAGGAAGGCUUGUCAAAUUGCUCUACGUGCUGAAGGAUUUGUUCCUGAUGACAGUCCAUAUGACCCAAAUGCAGAAUAUUAUAAAACAUCUGAGGGUUUUGAUUUGCCUGCUUAUGGAGAAUCUGAAAAAAUGACAUACACAGAGCAAGCCAGCAAAAGGCAUCACUGUAUGAGGCUGACAUGUUUUAUCCGUCUAAAUGACUAUCUAAUUGAGAACACAAUGCACGUCUUAACAGUGAAUUCUGUUAACUCUCUUUUGAAUUAUCUCACUGACAAACUAAAACGAACACCUUCAGCAAGUGUCAUUCAGAGAUGGAUUACUGAAGAGAAGACUGAAGUCAGUGAUAAAAAGGGAGCCUCUGUGUUGGAAAAGCAGGAAGAAGACGAGUCUCUCAUCCCCAUGUUUCUCACAGAACUGAUCUUGACGGUCCAGUCACUACUCUUUGAGCCUUCCUUUGAAGACUUUCUGGAUGGUAUUUCAGGUGCUAUCAACCAUUUUCAAAGCACUGUGUUAUCGAUUCCUAAUCUUGUGCCUGAUGCUUAUUUUGAUGCUUUCACCAGUCCUUACAUUAACAACAAACUUGAAGAAAAAACCUGUGGCUCUGGUCCAAGUUUAUCAGCGGUAUUUGAUGAUGAUAGGAAUUUUCACACAAUUAUUUUUAAAAUAAAGGAGACCAUAAGGGCAGCAUUUGAAUCUGCCCAAUUAUAUGCAGCUACAUUUGAAAAGUUUCAGAUAUUCUUCAAGGAAAAUGAAAGUCUUGAUUUGCAAGCUCUUAAACUUCAAGAACCUGAUGUUAAGUUUUUUAGUGAGCAACUGGAAAAAUAUCACAGACAGCACAAGGAUGCAGUUGCUCUAAGACCCACCAGAAAUGUGGGAUUACUGCUCAUUGACACUAAGCAGUUAAAGGAAAAACUCAUUCCGUCACCUUUGCGAUGCUUGGAGGUGCUAAAUAGUAUGCUUCCUUUUCAAAGCAAGAAAAAAGUAGAUGCCAUUAUCUCUGAGGCACAAGAUGCAGAGUACAAACUUGAGUUUGUUCCAACUACCACCAUAGAAUAUGUUAACAGUUUAGUAUUUCUCGAUGAAAUUCAAGAAAGGAUUGAAAGCCUUGAAGAUGAAGGGAACAUAGUGAUUCAGAUGUACAAACUCAUUGAACAGUAUCAGGUUCCCACACCUCCUGAAGACUUUGCUGUUUUUGCAACAAUGAAGCCCUCUAUUGUUGCUGUUCGGAAUGCUAUUGAUAAAGCCGUGGGUGACAGAGAAGCAUGUAUUAAACAAUUUUGUCUGCAUUUGGGUAGAGAUCUUGAAGAUUUAAGCAAUGAAGUGAAUGAAAUAAAGUUGCAAGCACAGGAUCCACAGAUUUUGGAUAUUAAUGCUGAUCCAGACAAAAUAAAGGUCAUAUUGAAAGAACUACAAGUAGUUUUAGAUGAUCUCCAAAAACGUGCAUUUCAAUAUAAAUCCUAUCAAAAGAAUUUUAAGGUGGAAGUGUCCAAGUUUGAUGCUUUGGAAGAAGUUAGUGCUGAAUUGAAGCUCAAACAAUUGCUCUGGGAUUCUUUAUAUGAAUGGGAUCAACUCCAUGAAGAAUGGUCAAAGUCCAAAUUUGACUGCCUGGAUCCAGAACUCCUCAACAGUCAAGUUUCUAAAUAUGCCAAAUUUGUGACUCAAUUGGAAAAAGGGUUGCCACCCAACAGUGUAGUACCCCAGCUAAAAAGCAAGGUGGAAAGCAUGAAAGAAAAGCUUCCAGUUAUCAUUGACUUGAGGAACCCAACUUUGAAGGCUAGACAUUGGGCAGCUAUUGAACAGACAGUUGAUGCUACAUUAGUGGACCUUGAAGUUCCAUUAACUUUGGAGAGACUUGUUGAGUUGCAUGUUUUCCACUUUGGCCAAGAAAUCCAAGACAUUUCUGGGCAAGCUUCUGGAGAAGCCGCCUUAGAAACAAUUCUUAAAAAGGUGGAGGAUUCUUGGAAAACAACCGAGUUUGUCGUUCUCCCUCAUCGUGAUUCCAAAGAUGUUUUUAUCCUAGGAGGCACAGAUGACAUACAGGUCCUUCUUGAUGACAGCACCAUCAACAUUGCCACCAUUGCCUCUUCACGUUAUGUUGGCCCACUGAAAAGUCGAGUGGAUGACUGGUAUAAACACCUUGCUUUAUUUAAUCAGACUCUGGAAGAGUGGCUGACAUGUCAGAGAAACUGGCUCUAUCUAGAAAGUAUUUUUAAUGCUCCAGAUAUUCAGAGACAAUUGCCUGCAGAGGCCAAAAUGUUCCUUCAAGUGGAUAAGUCAUGGAAAGAAAUCAUGAGGAAGGUGAACCGGCUGCCUAAUGCUUUACGAGCGGCAACUCAACCAGGACUCCUGGAGACUUUUCAAAAUAAUAAUGCACUCCUUGACCAAAUUCAGAAGUGUCUAGAGACAUAUUUAGAAUCAAAAAGAGUUAUCUUUCCAAGAUUUUACUUCCUAUCAAAUGAUGAACUUCUGGAGAUUUUGGCCCAGACAAGGAAUCCCCAAGCUGUGCAGCCACACUUAAGGAAAUGCUUUGACUCCAUUUCAAAGCUCGAAUUUGCUCUCAUGCCUCCUGCAGAAGGAAAAAUUCCUGGUGUUGAUGGAGAACCAGAAAAGGUUUUUACAAAUGAUAUUUUAGCGAUGCUGUCACCAGAGGGAGAAAGGGUUAGUUUGGGGAAAGGCCUUAAAGCCCGAGGCAAUGUGGAAGAAUGGCUUGGUAAGGUAGAAGAAGCCAUGUUCACCUCUCUGCGUCGCCUGUGCAAAGCUGCCAUCGCUGACUAUCAAGGGAAACCGAGGACAACGUGGGUGAUUUCUGGUCACCCUUCUCAAGUGAUCUUGACCAUUUCCCAAAUUAUGUGGUGCCGUGACUUGACAGAGUGUUUGGAAAGAGAUUCUGAUCAGUUGGAGGCCCUGGAAGAUUUUGAAAAAGUAAACUUUGAGAGAUUGAACGCCCUGGCUGCACUAGUUCGAGGCAGUCUUCCUAAAUUGCACAGAAAUAUCAUAACUGCCUUAAUUACUAUUGAUGUACAUGCAAGAGAUAUAGUCACCGAACUUGUUCAAGCCAAGGUAGAACAAGUCGAUUCCUUUGACUGGCAGAGACAGUUGCGCUACUACUGGGACAUAGACCUGGAUAAUUGUGUGGCCAGAAUGGCGCUUUCUCAGUACACCUAUGGCUAUGAAUAUUUGGGUGCAUGCCCUAGAUUAGUUAUCACUCCACUCACGGAUCGCUGCUACCUUUGCCUCAUGGGGGCUUUGCAGCUUGACCUGGGAGGUGCACCAGCCGGUCCUGCUGGCACUGGGAAGACAGAGACCACCAAAGACUUAGCAAAAGCUCUUGCCAUUCAGUGUGUGGUCUUUAAUUGUUCUGAUGGUUUGGACUACAAGAUGAUGGGGCGCUUCUUUAGUGGUCUGGCACAGUCUGGAGCCUGGUGCUGCUUUGAUGAAUUUAAUCGAAUUGACAUUGAAGUUUUAUCAGUCAUUGCACAACAGCUCAUCACCAUUCGGAAUGCCAAAGCUGCAAAGCUUUCUAGAUUCAUGUUUGAGGGGCGAGAAAUAAAAUUGGUUAUGACUUGUGCAGCCUUCAUCACAAUGAAUCCUGGAUAUGCAGGUAGAACCGAAUUGCCAGAUAAUUUGAAAGCCCUGUUUAGACCCUUUGCCAUGAUGGUUCCUAAUUAUGCCUUGAUUGCAGAGGUGAUUCUGUAUUCUGAAGGAUUUGAAUCGAGUAAGAUAUUAGCAAGAAAAAUGACUCAGAUGUAUAAACUUUGCAGUGAACAGCUCUCUCAACAGGAUCACUAUGACUUUGGCAUGAGAGCUGUGAAGUCUGUGCUGGUCAUGGCUGGGUCUUUAAAAAGAGAGAACCCAGAUCUAAAUGAAGAUGUGGUACUGAUAAGAGCCUUACGAGACUCCAAUUUGCCAAAAUUCCUAACCGAUGAUGCUGUUCUGUUCAGUGGAAUCAUCUCUGACCUUUUUCCUGGAGUACAUAUUCCAGAACAUGAUUAUGGUAUAUUACAGUCAACAAUUAUAAAUGUCAUGAAUGGACAAAAUCUUCAGCCUGAAAUGUGUAUGGUUAAAAAAGUGAUACAGUUCUAUGAAACUAUGCUUGUGAGGCAUGGCGUUAUGUUAGUGGGGCCGACAGGAGGCGGCAAGACCACAGUUUACCAAAUACUAGCAGAAACUUUAGGGAAUUUGAGAAAACUUGGAAUAGAUAACCCUUUUUACCAACCAGUUAAAACAUAUGUUCUUAAUCCUAAAUCAAUUACAAUGGGUGAAUUAUAUGGGGAAAUUAACAAUUUAACUUUGGAAUGGAAAGAUGGUUUGAUGGCAUUGAGUGUUCGAGCAGCAGUGAAUGACACCUCAGAAGACCAUAAAUGGAUCAUCAGUGAUGGGCCAGUGGAUGCUCUUUGGAUUGAAAAUAUGAAUACAGUGUUAGAUGAUAACAAGAUGCUUUGCCUGGCUAACAGUGAGAGGAUUAAACUCACACCUCAAAUCCACAUGCUUUUUGAGGUGCAAGAUCUAAAGGUUGCUUCCCCUGCAACAGUCAGUCGGUGUGGAAUGGUGUUUGUGGAUCCUGAAGAACUGAAAUGGAUGCCUUAUGUUAAAACCUGGAUGAACAGUAUUUCUAACAAACUGAAUGAGGAAACUCAAGAAUAUAUCUUGAACCUUUUCCAACGUUAUGUUGAAGAUGGUUUACAUUUUGUCAACAAAAAAUGCAGCCAAGCAAUCCCACAAGUGGACAUCAGCAAAGUUACUACCCUCUGUUGUUUAUUAAAGUCACUGUUACUUGAGAAAGAUGGAGCAAAUUUGACAAUGGAACAAACAAAACUGAACACUCUACUAUGUCAGACUUUUAUAUUCUGUUAUUUAUGGUCUUUGGGUGGAAAUCUAAAUGAAAUCCACUGGGAUGCUUUUGACACGUUUAUUAGAACACAAUUUGAUGAUAAUCCUGAUGCCAGGCUUCCCAGUUCUGGUGACCUGUGGAGCAUUCACAUGGACUUUGACACCAAACGACUGGAUCCCUGGGAACGAAUCAUACCCGCCUUCAAGUACAGCCAAAACGUUCCAUUUUUUGAAAUGCUCGUGCCCACAGUGGACACAGUGCGCUUUGGGUAUCUAAUGGAAAAACUACUGGCCGUCAGUCAUUCAGUGUUGUUUACUGGAACAACUGGAGUAGGCAAGACUGUUAUUGCCAAAGGACUGCUAAAUAAAAUUCAAGAAUCAGCUGGCUAUGUCCCUGUUUAUCUAAAUUUUUCUGCUCAAACUUCAUCUGCACGAACCCAAGAGAUCAUUGAGUCAAAACUGGAAAGAAAAAGAAAAAAUAUUCUAGGAGCCCCAGUUAACAAGCAAGUUGUGAUUUUUGUGGAUGAUUUAAAUAUGCCCAGACUGGAUAGCUAUGGCUCUCAGCCUCCUAUUGAAUUACUUCGACAAUAUCAAGAUUUUGGUGGAUUUUAUGACAGAAACAAACUGUUUUGGAAAGAGAUACAGGAUGUAACAAUUGUAUCAGCGUGUGCACCUCCAGGAGGUGGCCGAAACCCUGUGACCCCCCGCUUUAUCCGACACUUCAGCAUGCUGUGCCUCCCCACGCCCUCAGAGCACAGUCUGAAACAUAUUUUUCAGGCCAUCUUAAAUGGCUUCCUGAGUGACUUCCCACCAGCCAUAAAGAAUACUGUGUCAAACAUUGUAGAAGCUGCAGUUGAGAUUUACAACAGAAUGAGUAUCGAUCUUCUGCCAACACCUGCCAAGUCCCAUUAUGUCUUUAAUUUGAGGGACUUGUCCAAAUGUGUGCAAGGUAUCCUCCAGUGCAAUCCAGGAACAAUAAGAGAAGAAAUGCAGAUGUUCAGACUCUUUUGCCACGAAUGUCAAAGAGUCUUCCACGAUCGUUUGAUUAAUAAUGAAGAUAAGCAAUACUUCUACACUAUUUUGACAGAAAUGGCCAACAAACAUUUUGGAAUUGCAAUUGGGAUGGAAUAUUUUUUGACUAAGCCCAUCAUAUUUGGAGAUUUCAUUAAGUUUGGAUCAGAUAAGAGUGAUCAGACUUAUGAAGACUUGACUGAUAUGGGCAAAAUUGCAAAUGUUCUACAAGAUUACCUUGAUGACUAUAAUCUUACAAAUCCUAAAGAAGUAAAGUUGGUGUUCUUCCAGGAUGCUAUAGAGCAUGUGUCAAGGAUUGCCCGCAUGAUUCGUCAGGAAAGAGGCAAUGCUUUGCUUGUCGGAGUAGGAGGUACAGGAAAGCAAUCUCUUACAAGACUUGCAGCUCACAUAUGUGGCUACAAAUGUUUGCAGAUUGAACUGAGCCGAGGCUAUAAUUAUGACAGUUUUCAUGAAGACCUGAGGAAGUUGUACAAACUGGCUGGUAUAGAGGACAAGAGUAUGGUUUUCCUCUUCACGGACACCCAGAUUGUAGUGGAAGAAUUCCUAGAAGAUAUAAAUAACAUCCUGAACUCAGGCGAAGUGCCUAAUUUAUUUGAAAAGGAUGAACUGGAGCAGGUCUUAGCAGCAACCAGGCCAAGAGCAAAAGAAGCGGGAAUUUCCGAGGGGAAUAGAGAUGAGGUGUUUCAAUACUUUAUCAGUAGAGUUCGUCAGAAGCUGCACAUUGUUCUCUGCAUGAGCCCAGUUGGGGAGGCUUUUCGAUCCCGAUGCCGGAUGUUUCCAUCCCUGGUGAACUGCUGUACCAUUGAUUGGUUUGUUCAGUGGCCCAAAGAAGCACUUCUUUCUGUAUCAAAGACAUUUUUCUCAAAUGUUGACAUUGAAAAUGAAGAGCUGAAGGAAAAGCUUUCCCAGAUGUGUGUGAACGUGCACUUAAGUGUUUCCACCAUGGCAGAACGCUACUACACAGAGCUCCGGAGACGUUACUACACGACACCCACCUCCUACUUGGAACUCAUCAAUCUCUACCUAUACAUGCUGAGUGAAAAGAAGAAGCAGUUGGUUUCAGCACGUGACCGGGUGAAAAAUGGUCUCACCAAACUGUUAGAAACAAAUGAACUAGUAGAUAAAAUGAAAUUAGAUCUUUCAGCUUUAGAACCUGUGCUUUUAGAAAAAUCACAAGAUGUUGAAGCCCUGAUGGACAAAUUGGCAGUGGAUCAAGAAAAUGCUGAUCAGGUGCGUAACAUUGUGCAAGAAGAUGAAGCAACAGCAAAAGUGAAAGCUGAAGAAACCCAAGCAAUAGCUGAUGAUGCUCAGAGAGAUCUUGACGAAGCCCUGCCUGCACUCGAAGCUGCCAAUAAAGCACUGGACUCCUUAGAUAAAGCAGAUAUAUCUGAAAUCAGAGUUUUUACAAAGCCCCCAGAUUUGGUGAUGACUGUUAUGGAAGCAAUUUCCAUUCUCCUGAAUGCCAAACCUGACUGGCCAACAGCAAAGCAACUCCUUGGAGAUUCUAACUUUCUAAGAAGACUUUUAGAAUAUGAUAAGGAAAACAUAAAGCCUCAAAUAUUGGCAAAGCUUCAAAAAUAUAUCAAUAAUCCUGAUUUCGUCCCUGAAAAAGUAGAGAAAGUAUCCAAAGCAUGUAAAUCCAUGUGCAUGUGGGUAAGGGCGAUGGAUCUGUACUCUCGAGUAGUCAAAGAAGUCGAACCAAAGAGACAUAAGCUCCGCACCGCACAGGCUGAACUUGAUAUUACUUUGACUACUCUAAAAGAAAAGCAAACAUUAUUAAGAAAAGUAGAAGCUCAAAUACAGGCCUUACAAGAUGAAUAUGACAAAAGUGUGAAUGAGAAAGAAAGUCUGGCAAAGACGAUGGCCCUGACUAAAGCACGUCUGGUUCGUGCUGCAAAGCUGACAGCUUCAUUGGGAGAUGAGCAAGUUCGCUGGGAAGAAAGCAUUGAGAAGUCCCAGGAGGAGAUAUCGAAUAUCAUCGGGAAUGCGUUCAUAGCAGCUGCUUGCGUGGCCUAUUACGGGGCCUUCACAGCCCAGUACAGGCAGACACUUAUACAGUGUUGGAUCGAGAACUGUCAACAUCUGGAUAUCCCAAUCGAUCCUUAUUUCAGUCUCAUUAACAUUCUUGGUGAUCCCUAUGAAAUACGACAAUGGAACACUGAUGGACUGCCUCGUGAUGUAGUAUCAACAGAAAAUGGCAUUUUGGUUACUCAAGGGAGACGGUGGCCUUUGAUGAUUGAUCCCCAAGAUCAGGCAAAUCGUUGGAUACGGAACAAGGAAAGCAAAAGUGGUUUAAAGAUCAUUAAACUUACAGAUCAUAAUUUCUUACGCACACUUGAAAAUUCUAUCCGACUUGGUUUACCUGUCUUACUGGAAGAGCUUAAAGAAACCCUGGAUCCAGUUCUAGAGCCCAUUCUUUUAAAACAGAUUUUCCUUAGUGGUGGACGGAUGCUUAUCCACCUUGGAGACUCAGACAUUGAUUAUGAUAAAAACUUCAGGUUCUACAUGACAACCAAGCUGCCAAAUCCCCACUACUUACCUGAGGUGUGCAUUAAAGUUACCAUAAUCAAUUUCACUGUAACUAAAUCAGGUCUGGAGGAUCAGUUAUUAAGUGAUGUGGUACGACUUGAAAAACCUGAGUUGGAAAACCAAAGAAUCAAGCUUAUUGUGAAAAUCAAUGCUGAUAAAAACCAGCUGAAAGCUAUUGAAGAGAAAAUCCUGAAAUUGCUCUUUACAUCUGAAGGAAAUAUUCUGGACAAUGAAGAGCUUAUUGACACGCUGCAAGAGUCAAAGAUCACUUCUGGUGCCAUUAAAAUCAGGCUGAAGGAGGCAGAGUCCACUGAAAUGAUGAUCAACAUUGCUCGGGAGAAAUACCGCCCCAUAGCCACUCAAGGCUCGGUUAUGUACUUUGUCAUUGCAAGCCUCUCGGAAAUAGAUCCUAUGUAUCAGUAUUCAUUGAAAUAUUUUAAGCAGUUGUUCAAUACAACAAUUGAAACUGCUGAAAAGGCAGAGAAUCUGCAGGACCGCAUGGUCAUACUGCUGGAACAAACUCUCCUCACUGCUUAUGUUAAUGUUUCAAGAGGACUUUUUGAGCAACAUAAGCUCAUCUACAGCUUUAUGCUGUGUGUGGAGAUCAUGCGUCAGCAAGGAAAACUAACAGAAGCAGAGUGGAAUUUCUUUCUCCGUGGUUCAGCAGGAUUAGAAAAGGACCGCCCACCUAAGCCUGAUGUCCCCUGGUUGCUUCCCGCCACAUGGUUCACGUGCUGUGACUUAGAAGAAUCAUUUCCAGUUUUUGCAGGACUUACCCAUUAUAUGCUGUUACAUCCUAUUUCCAUACAACUAGGAUCUUUUGAGACUUAUAUUAACCCAUCUCAGUGGGAAUACUAUCCUAAAAAAGAGGAAGAAGAACACACAACACAGGAAAAGGAGAUCACAAAGCAUGAUUUUUGGCAACCCGAAUUAAGUUCUUUCCAAAAGCUAAUCCUUAUUAAAUGCUGUAAAGAAGAAAAGGUGGUUUUUGUUCUUACCGACUUUGUCAUUGAAAACCUUGGGAAAAGCUUUGUAGAGACACCACCUGUGGACCUGGCCACUCUGUAUCAAGACAUGUCAUACGCCACUCCCCUGGUAUUCAUCCUAAGCACAGGCUCGGAUCCCAUGGGUGCCUUUCAGAGGUUUGCCCGGGAGAGUGGGUAUUCAGAACGGGUACAGUCAAUUUCACUGGGGCAAGGACAAGGGCCCAUUGCUGAAAGAAUGAUCAAAGAGGCAAUGAAAUCAGGAAACUGGGUAUUUUUGCAAAACUGCCAUCUUGCUGUUUCUUGGAUGUUAGCAAUGGAGGAGCUCAUUAAAACCUUCACUGAUACAAAUGUUGUUAUCAAGGACACUUUUCGACUGUUUUUAAGUUCCAUGCCUAGUGAUACAUUUCCUGUUACAGUUCUUCAAAAUUCUGUCAAGGUAACCAACGAGCCUCCAAAAGGCUUACGUGCAAAUAUCAGACGAGCUUUUACUGAAAUGACACCUUCAUUUUUUGAAGAGAAUAUACUUGGAAAAAAGUGGAGACAAGUGAUAUUUGGCAUUUGUUUCUUCCAUGCAAUUAUUCAGGAAAGGAAGAAGUUUGGUCCGCUUGGUUGGAAUAUCUGCUAUGAAUUCAAUGACAGUGACAGGGAAUGUGCUUUAUUGAACCUCAACCUUUACUGCCAAGAAGGAAGAAUUCCCUGGGAUGCACUGGUUUACAUUACUGGUGAAAUUACAUAUGGUGGUAGAGUUACAGACACCUGGGAUCAAAGAUGCCUUCGUACUAUCUUGAAAAGAUUUUUUUCUCCUGCAACAUUAGAAGACAAUUAUAAAUAUUCUGAAUCAGGCAUCUAUUUUGCACCGUUGGCUGACAGCCUACAAGAGUUUAAGGACUACAUUGAAAAUCUGCCUUUGAUAGAUGACCCAGAAAUAUUUGGAAUGCAUGAAAAUGCCAAUCUAGUUUUCCAGCAUAAAGAGACCAACACCUUAAUCAACAUCAUACUUGAGGUUCAGCCAAGGUCAUCAUCUGGUGGAGAGGGGAAAAGCAAUGAUGAGAUCGUCCAAGAACUUGUUGCUUCUGUUCUGACCAGAGUUCCAGAAAAACUAGACAUGGAGACUGCUUCUGAGACCCUUUUCGUCAAGGAUCCUCAAGGACGCCUUAACUCGUUGACCACUGUCCUGGGACAAGAAGUGGACCGGUUCAACAGUCUGCUGCAUUUAAUCCAUAAUUCUCUAGGAAUGCUCAACAAAGCCAUUGCAGGACUUGUAGUGAUGUCUGAAGAAAUGGAAAAGGUGUAUCACAGUUUCCUCAACAACCAGGUUCCCUCCCUCUGGUCCAACGCAGCCUACCCAUCCUUGAAGCCACUAGCAUCAUGGGUCAAAGACCUUAUUCUGAGGACUGCAUUUGUGGACUUGUGGCUCAAAAGAGGACAGCCAAAGUCCUUCUGGAUCUCUGGUUUCUUCUUCCCUCAAGGAUUUCUAACAGGAACUCUUCAAAAUCAUGCUCGUAAAUACAAUUUGCCUAUUGAUGAGUUGAGUUUCAAGUAUAACAUGGUUGCUACCUACCGGGAUCAAGCUGCAGUUAUAGAAGCUGCCAAGACAAUACAGUUUGGACAAGAACUACCCAUGGACAAGGAGUUGCCCUCUCCUGAUGAUGGCGUUCUGGUUCAUGGGAUAUUCAUGGAUGCUUCUCGAUGGGAUGAUAAGGAGAUGGUGAUAGAAGACGCGCUGCCUGGACAGAUGAAUCCAAUGCUCCCUGUGGUGCAUUUUGAACCUCAACAAAACUACGAGCCACACCCAACACUUUACCACUCCCCGCUUUAUAAAACAGGCGCCAGGGCAGGCACACUGUCGACAACAGGUCACUCCACCAACUUUGUGGUGACCAUCCUCUUACCCUCCAAACACUCCAAAGACUAUUGGAUUGCCAAGGGAUCAGCUUUGCUCUGCCAGCUGAAUGAAUGAAAAGAUGCCACCUCAGUGCUGAAAAAGCAGCAGACCAGAGGGCUCUGAUGGUGAGGAAAAUCUGCAAAACUUAUGUGUGAGCAAACAGUUACUUUUGCUCUGACUUAAAGAGUAGUUAAGUGUAGCUUUUAUUUCUCUUAUAACCUAAAAUAAAAAUGUUUGAGUUUUUCUUUCUAUUGG